AUGAAAUGGAAGCAAACCCCAAAGUUUUCCUUAAAAAAUUCAGUUCAGUGCCGAGCACUUGAAAUUGAGAAUAAACCAUUUACCAUAGGAAAGAAGUUUCAAUUGGGUGAUGUGAUUGAAGCUCAACAGUUUGAUAGGGAUACUCUUAGUGCUAUAUUUGACGUUGCACAUGAAAUGGAGAAGAUUGAGAAGAAUUCACCUAGAAGCCAAAUACUUAAGGGUUACUUAAUGGCUACUCUGUUUUAUGAGCCCUCUACUAGAACUAGGCUUUCAUUUGAGUCUGCUAUUAAUUGGUUAGAUGAAAAACUCAAGAUAUUGAACAAGCCCUAUGUUAAAAGUAUCAAGGAAAUACGCAUCAAUGACACUCUAGAAAGGUAUAAGGCAAGACUAGUUGCCAAGAGCUUUAGACAACAAGCUAGGAUUGACUAUGAGGAGACUUUUUCUCCUGUGGUUAAGAUUGGUUCUGUUAGGCUUGUGUUGGCUAUUGCUUCCAUGGAAAAUUGGCCACUUUAUCACAUGGAUGUUAACAAUGCAUUUCUUCAAGGAGAUCUACAAAAGGAAAUAUACAUGCACCUACCUCAAGGAUUUCUUAAAUAA